AUGAUCCCCGGGCUUGCUGUGCUUAGUUUGUGUUUGUGGCCUCUUGCUGGUUUGUUUGGUGAUGCUGAUGAAGUGAAGGUCGUGUCGGUAAUGGAGGGAGAUUCUGUCACUUUAAACACUGAUGUUAUUGAGAUACAGGAGGAUGAUUUGAUCAUGUGGAUGUGUGGAGAUUCUUGUACAGCUAAUCUCAACAUAUCAAGCAGAACCAUCUCUGAAGGGAACGAGAGAUUGAGCGGCCGAAUGGAGAUGGACAUGAAGACUGGAUCUCUCACCAUCAAGAACAUCUCGACUGCGGACUCUGGAGUCUAUAAAGCACAGAUCAUUGGAAAUAAAGUGGCAAGAAAAACGUACAACGUGACUGUGAAUGCCCGUCUGCCUUUUCCUGUCAUCACCAGUUACUGUUCACAGAAUCCUCCAUCAUCUCCAGUCUCAAAAUGUGUGGUGUUGUGUUCAGUGUUGAAUGUGACACAAGUGAGUCUCUCCUGGUACAAAGGAAAGAGUUUAUUGUCCAGCAUCAGUGUGUCUGAUCUCAACAUCAGACUCUCUCUACCUCUGGAGGUGGAAUAUCAGGAUACAAACAGAUAUAGAUGUGUCAUCAACAAUCCCAUCACAAACCAAACUCAACAUCUAGACAUCACUCAUGUCUGUCAGACGUGUUCAGACUGUGUAUGCUGUUGUGGUUCCACUGAAGCUGUGAUCCAGUUGGUGGUCUCAGCUCUGGUGGGCUUGGCUACUGUAGGUGUUUUGGUUUAUGACAUCAGAUCCAGACGAGAUGAACAGAAGAGAGCACAAACAUAGACCAAAAAGGAACUAAAUCUGCUGUUCUAAACUAGGUUUUUUAAGGUCACUGAUAUGUGCUGUCAUCUCAUGUACAUCACAAGUUUAAUUUAAAAUGAACACAUGGGUUGUUAUUAAAAUAACACUUUCGUUUUCGUAAAUAAGGCCCCGUAGCUGCUUACAACUACACCUUGUAUACCAGGCAUAUUUUUACAAACAAACUUUUUAUUUUCCCUCGCAACAAUAUUCUCCUUCAGCAACAACGUGCUUUCAAAUUAAUUUCUCUUUGAUGUGGGUUAGUAAUGUAGGUGGCUGACCUUAAUCUAUGUCACUUUACUGUUGACACGCAGGAAGAAAACGUGUGACUUCUAAAGAACUUACCACCAGUCAUACCAUAGACAUAACCAGUCCUUCACUGUAUGUCUAGAAAAACAGACCUCAAAAAAGAAGAAUAUCAUUAAAAAGGUCAAUAUUUUUUGUCACUCAUUUCAGAAAGUGAAACCCAAAUAUUAUAUAGAUUUAUUACACAUAGAGUGAAUUAUUUUAAGCCUUUAUUUCUCUAAAUGUUGAUGAUUAUGGCUUGCAGAUAAUGAAAACCCAAAAUUCAGUGUCUCAGAAAAUGAGAAUAUUAAAAAAGAUCAAUAAAAAAAAUCUUUUAAACAGAAAUGUCAGGUUUCUGAAAAGUAAGAAAAGCACUGAUCGGGUGUAAUGGAAGCCCAGGUUGCUUUUAAUACCACUUCCGUCGAUAUUCUAAUAUUUUGAGAUGUACCCAAUACAGUGGUAUAUUCAAAACAUGAUGCCCGAUAAUACAAACUUUUAAUAACACCUAGAAUAAAUAAAUCCACCAAAGGGGGUCGAGCUUUCGCAUACGUAGCACCUAAACUCUGGAAUAGCCUUCCUGAUACUAUUUGAGGGUUAGACAACCUCUCCAAAUUUAAAGACACAUCAUUUCAGCCAAGCAUUCUCUUAAUGCAUAAUAUCCUAGAUAAACCACCAGGAGACUGCAUUUAUUAGAUAUUAUUUACUAGAAUGAUCUUGCUUGUUCUAUAAACACCAUGCACCUUGUUGUGUUUUACCUUUUUUGUCUAUUUUUCACCUGUAAAACUGCCUUGGAACAAUGCACAUUGUGAAAAUUCAAUUUCAAUUCAAGUUCAUUUAUAAUGCGCUUCUCACUUUUCACAGAUCUACAAUAAACAUUGUGAAUAGCGCAUUAUAAAUAAACUUGAAUUGUAUGCCCACAAAACGUUGUUAAAACUGUUUUUACAUCAUUUGUAACGUAUAUGUUAAACAUGGAUAGAAAUUGUGAUCAACAAGUCACGUUUUAUAUGGCUCAUG